AGAGAGGUCACUACAAAACUAAUCCUCUCUGUUUCACUCAGCUGAUCGUGGAAUCAUCCCUAAAAUAAUUAUAUUUCGUUAAAAAAAUGUCGUCUGUUGAAUUAGAUCCACGACCAGUGAGGCCGUCACCUUUAAUUAGGGUUUCAAGAUGGACAAUGUUAGGAGCAGGUAUUAUUUAUGGUAUUUUCCAUCAAAAUAGAUUAAGUAAGAAAGAAGCGGCUUGGCGAGUAGAAGAAGAUAAGCGUAAGGCUAUCAGAGACAAGAAGUUGGCAGAAGAAAAACGUCUUGCUGCUGAAGCUGAAUGGAGAUUAUUAGAAGAACAAAUGAAGUAAAACAAUAAUAUCGAAAUAAUCUAGUGGAUUUCAUUGUGAAAAAUGGAUCGCUGUACAAAUAAUAGUUUCAUUUCAAAACUCAAUAUUAAAUCAAUGUGAUAGUGCAUUAUGAAAAAGUUGAAUUCAAAAAAUAUAUGAUAUAAACUUAUAACUCAA